GGCAAUAUUGUCAUAUUAAUAUUACACAAUCACGGAUAGCUAAAAGUGAAUUUUCGGCAUUUUAAAUCCGGAACAUAAUUUCGAUUUUCUAAAAAAUUGUGAUUUGUUGCACGCAGCAAGACUAAAUCAAGAUGACCGAUGUUAACCAGUCAUUUCUAAAGAACUUCAACCUGAAGCCUCUGACCAAAGAGAACAUCCUUUACUACUAUUUCCCCCUGCAGAGUAUGGUCAGCUAUGCAGCUCUUUCAGUCAACGUUAUGAACCCGUCCAUUGCAAUCAGAUUGCUACCGAAACGAGAUGUUACGAAUUUUCUCCUGGUACACACCCUGUUUGGAACCACGUUGUACUUGUACAGCAGGCCACACCUGGCAGUAGUUCCAAAUCAACGUAGAGUUGCUUACAGCAUUUGUGGAUCUGUGCUUUUCAGCUUCGGUUCGAUAUUAGUUUGGGCCGUGUUGCGAAGUGCCAUCCCACGUAACCAAGCAUUGGCCACUACAUUGGGUUUAUCUUCUGGUCUUUUGCUAGCCAAGUUGACCUACGAUUAUCUGGACAGUAACGAUAAACAAGUGGUUCAAAAGAAGAAUUAAACAGGGCGUAGUGGCUUCGUAUGAGAUGAAUUAAACCAUCAGCUGGCUAGGAUUUAAACAGCGACUGAAUUGGAACAUGUGAAUACUAAAUUGUCAGCACAGGUUUGUUGUAUGGUUCUCUUUGUUCAAAUAUUACAGCUGUUUUCGCUCGCUCGUAAAUUGCGUAGUAAAUAAAGUCUUCGAAGUAUGACGAGGUCCAUUA